AUGUCGUUGGAGGAAUUUAUACGAUUGGCCGACAACUUGGUCGAGUUUGAGGCCGCUUUGAAUGCGAAUGAACUGCCUGUUUCAUCGCUUUGUCUUCUUGAGACCCAUAGGGAUGAAGCAAAGUCUAUUUGGUCUCGCCUGAAGAUGUCUUACGAGAAAUGUCUUGUCGAUAUAUCUACUGAGAAGAAAGAUGAUGGUGGGGUAGCUCUGGAGAUCGAGUCCGUUAAGGAGAAAUAUAAGACUUCGUACUGUACAUACUGCCGUUGCAUCUCCAAACUGACCGAGACUAUUCAGACAUUCUCCUCCCCAGUUUCGCCUACAAUUCCUAAUACCAAUCCGAGUUUCGAUUUGCCUCCGAUAGAAUUGAAUAUUUUCCACGGUGAUUUCAAAUCAUGGCCGACCUUCCGGGACUUAUACACGGCGAUUUGCAUACAAAACUCCAAAUUGAGUCCAGUGGAGAAGUUGUUUCAUUUGUCGCAGAAGACGAAAGGCGAGGCACAUGAAAUUGUGUCCAAAAGCCCACUUACUAAUGAGGGUUUCAGAACAGCUUGGACAAAUUUAUGCGCCCGGUAUGACAACAAGCGAGUUCUCAUUAAUGAACAGCUGAAGACAUUGUUCGGUCUUUCUGCCAUCCAUUCGGAAACGGCAGCUUCUCUCAAGAAGUUACAGAGGGAUAUCAAUUCAUGUAUAUCCACUUUGAGAAAUCAUCAGAUCGAUACCGACAGUUGGAAUCCGAUUUUCAUCUUUCUUUGCUCAAAUUGCCUUCCCGACUCCACCCUGACGCUUUGGGAACAGACCUUGAAUGAUAAGACCACCAUUCCCAAGUGGUCCGAUUUUGAUGAUUUCCUGACCAAUCGGCAUAGAACUUUGGAAUCAGUUUCCGAAAUCAGAGGUUCCAAGGAGCAUUCCUCUACGAAUACCGGUCCCAAAUCCAAGACUAACGGCAACAAUAAAUCCAAUUCAGGUAAAGUGCGGACGUUUCAAGCGCAGGUCAAUCCGACCACUUGCAAGCUUUGUCCCAAAGAGGUCCACGUUAUCAGAAAAUGUCCAAAGUUUCUCGACAUGAAUUAUAAUCAAAGAUUGACCGAGAUUAAAAGACAUAACUUGUGCUUAAAUUGUUUUUCUAGUGCGCAUAUAGUCAAGGACUGCAAGAGUAAGCACUCCUGCUACAAAUGCGGCAAGCGCCAUAAUACUCUGCUACAUAGAGAAGCUGAUCAACAAAAGGGCCCUACUGCACCGUCUUUCAAUACCAAUCAGACACCAAGGAAUGAUCUACUUCCUCCACCGUUUGUACCACACCCUUCUACUAUAUCCAAUCUACAGUCCACAGGUUCGACAGGUAAUGUGGUUCAAAGUUGUUUUGCUACAAAUUCUAAAGGUGUGUUAUUGGGGACGACUUUAGUAAGAAUUCUUCACUCGGGCGAGAUAUAUAGAGCUCGGGCCCUCCUUGAUUCGGGUUCCGAGGGGUCAUUCAUUUCGGAGAGGCUUUCCAAUAUGCUUCGACUUCCAACCAAGCGUGUCUCGGCUACAAUUUCUGGUUUGAAUCAUUCUAUUUCAGCGGCGGUCCAAAAGAAAUGUUGCUUUGCUAUAGGUUCGGAGAUAGAUGAUGACUUUGAGCUCAUCGUAUCGGCAUUGGUGGUCCCCCAUCUUUCCAACAAUCUCCCUUCCAAUACUAUAGAUGUGCAAUCUCUGUCGGAUUUACCACCGCUUCAACUGGCCGAUCCUCGGUUUUAUGAGAGCGCAAAGAUUGACUUACUUUUGGGAGCAGAUGUCUUUCCUUCUAUAAUUUUAUCCAGAAACCGAAAUAAUAUUUGUGGUUCCUUAAUGGCUCAGGAGACUGUAUUUGGAUGGAUCCUGACCGGCCCCAUUUCGUCGAGAACACUUUCGUCCUUUUCAACUCACGUAUCGUUUUUUUGUGAAAUUUCUUUAGAUAAAGAGAUUUCACGCUUUUGGGAGGUGGAAAAUAUUCCACAGAAGCGUGUUUUAUCCCAGGACGAUAGAUUUUGUGAAGAAUUAUAUCAGAGGACAACGAAGAGGAAUCUCGAAGGGAGAUACGUGGUUUCAUUGCCAUUUAAACAAGACUAUCCCGAUAAGUUGUGUCUUGGACAAUCCAAGUCUAACGCAAUGGCUCAAUUCUUUCGCAAUGAAGGACGCCUCCUUCGAAAUCCUGAGUUGAAAAAGGAAUAUGAUAACUCCUUGAUAGAAUAUCUCUCUUUAGAUCAUAUGACCCAGGUAGUUCCCGGUUCUAUUUCUCAAUCAUCCUACUAUUUACCUCAUCACGCUGUGGUAAAGCCUGAAAGGACAACUACCAAGGUUCGAGUAGUGUUCAAUGCAUCCUCUCCUUCUUCCAACGGCGUAAGUUUGAAUGAUGUCCUCUACACCGGUCCUGUUUUACAGAAUGAUUUGACUGUCUUAAUUCUUAAAUGGCGAUUUUAUCGUUUUGUGCUAAACGGAGAUAUACAGAAGAUGUAUAGACAAAUCCUGGUCAAUCCUUCUCAUAUCCCUUUCCAACGGAUUCUGUUCCGUACAAGCCAAAACGAUCCCAUCCAAGAAUUCGAGUUGAAGACCGUUACAUUUGGACUAAAUUGUGCCCCCUAUUUAGCCAUUCGUACCAUGAUUCAAUUGGCGAAUGAUGUUCAGGAAAGGUACCCUUUGGCAAGUCGAAUCUUAAGGGAGUGUAUGUAUGUUGAUGAUGCUUUAUUAGGGGCACAUUCUAUUGAAACGGCAAUUGACGCCAGGGAUGAACUUAUCCAAGCUCUUCAUUCGGCAGGAUUCGAAAUGAGAAAAUGGAUUUCUAAUUCUAAAACCAUCCUUGAUGGAUUGCCCUCGGAUUAUCUUUUAAGAACAGACUUUUUGGAAUUCGAGGAUCGUAGUUCUGCCAAGACUUUAGGAAUACACUGGAACGCGCAUUCAGAUGAGUUUUUCUUUUCCACAACACAAUUUCCAUCUGAUUGUUCCUACUCGAAAAGAGAAGUCCUUUCCCAGAUAGCCAAAUUAUUCGAUCCAGCCGGCUGGCUAUCGCCUAUCAUUAUAGUCGCAAAGAUCAUAAUGCAAAGAAUAUGGAUGGAUCAUAUCGAAUGGGAUGAAGUCAUUUCACCUGAACCUCUCUCUAUGUGGAAGUCUUUUCAGGCCAAUUAUUCCAAUAUUGAUAAUAUGAGAAUUCCAAGAUGGUUUGGUUAUGCUCCUGAAGGCAUCAUCGAAUUUCAUGGGUUUUCUGAUGCCUCAGAAAAGGCCUAUGCUGCAGCCAUUUAUAUCCGUGUGCUUUAUCCGAAUUCUGUUAUAACCCAUUUGAUUAGUUCCAAAACCAAAGUGGCUCCACUAAAGACUUUGUCGAUUCCUAGAUUAGAGCUUUGUGGAGCCACACUGUUAGCGGAAAUGGUGGACAAUUUACUUCCUCAAUUUGACAUUCAAGACUACUCCUUAUUUUGUUGGACUGAUUCAACUAUAGUCUUGUCGUGGCUUGCGAAACCACCCUGUUGUUGGAAUACAUUUGUGGCAAAUAGGGUUUCCAGAAUAACUCAAGUAGUAGAUCCCUCAAAAUGGUCUCAUGUGGAGUCUGAACACAAUCCUGCGGAUUUAGCGAGUCGAGGUACCUAUCCAAGCGAGUUAAUAAAUAGUAAACUAUGGUGGAACGGACCAACUUGGUUAUCUAAAGAUUCAAAACAUUGGCCGAAAAACACUACUAAAGAAAUCGAGGAAACUGAUCUGGAGAAAAAACCAAUAAAGGUCCAUUUCACUUAUUUCCAAAACUUCGAUGAUGUGCUUGAGCGAUUUUCCUCGUUUUCCAGAGCACUAAGAGUUAUUGCGUACGUCUAUCGUUUUUAUUUCAACACGCACCCCAAAUUUCGAUCUAACUACCAUCGAUCCGAUAACAAAAUCACAAAUUCCGAAAUCCUUUUUGUCCGAAAACAACUUAUAUCCAUUUACCAAAAGGCGUUUUAUCCAAAUGAGUACAUGGUGCUUAGUUCCAAAAAGACCAUUCCAUCAACGAGUCCACUUUUAUCCCUAAAUCCAUUUGUUGAUGCUGAAGGAAUUAUGCGUGUAUGCGGAAGAUUAGAAUUAUCUCCAAUGUUAUCCUACAACGAGAGACAUCCAAUUCUUCUUCCCUACAACUGUCAAUAUUCCCGCCUUCUAAUCCAAUUUAUUCACCAAAUCAGUCUACAUGGCGGAAACCAACUUGUACUUCGUUUGGUGCGAACUCAAUACUGGAUUCCUAAAGUACAAAACCUAAUAAAAACUACAAUUCAUCGUUGCAAAACUUGUAUAAUUUACAAGAAGAAAUUUCAACAACAAAUGAUGGCAGCGUUGCCUCCUGAACGUUGUGAGAUUUCCCGACCUUUUACUCAUACAGGACUGGAUUUUUCAGGUCCGUUCGAGAUGAAAAGCUAUGCAGGCAGAUGCUGUCGUAUUUCCAAAGCAUACGUGUGUGUGUUCGUUUGUUUUUCCACUAAGGCGAUACAUUUAGAAACGACAUCAGACUUGUCCACUUCCUCUUUCCUUGCAGCAUUUAGUCGUUUUAUCUCCAGACGGGGCUGCCCUCUACACUUACAUUCAGAUAAUGGAACUACGUUUGUGGGAGCAUCCCGAAUAAUGGCAAAAGAAUUCAUUCAAACGUCACAUAAGGCAAUAACUUCCAACUAUGCCCAUCAAAAUUUGACAUGGCACUUCAUUCCGCCCGGAGCCCCCCAUAUGGGAGGAUUAUGGGAGGCUGGGGUCAAAAGUUUUAAGCAGCAUUUUAAGAAAACUAUAGGUCUUCAAAAAUUCACAUUCGAAGAAUUCCAAACACUGCUAUCCAAAAUUGAAGCAUGCCUUAAUUCCAGGCCAAUUUCUCCAAGUUCACAAAAUCCAACAGAUCUAGCAGCUUUGACACCAGGACAUUUCUUAAUUGGAUCCCCGAUCUUAGCUCCCUUGGAACCAGAAAUAAGCCAAACACGCAUUUCUAUCCAAAACCGUUGGCAAAGACUGAAGACUUUUCAUCAAAUUUUCUGUGUGCGAUGGAAAAACGAGUAUCUGAAGGAGUUGCAAAAACGCCAUAAAUGGAAGAAACCCACAGAAGAUCUAAAAGAACAAAUGCUGGUUGUUAUUAAGGAGGAGAAAUUACCUCCUAAUAGUUGGCGACUUGGUAGAAUCACCAAGGUCCACCGUGGUGACGAUAAACGCGUUAGAGUUGCUGAUAUCCUUACCCAAAAGGGUACUAUAACAAGACCAAUCACGAAAUUAGUCGUGAUUUCAGAUGAAAUUUCCUAA